AUGGCCUCAGUCGAUACUUUGGACAUGGUGGUCUUGGUGGCCAUCCUCGUUGGUACCGUCGCUUAUUUCACAAAGGGCUCAUUAUGGGGUUUUACCAAGGACCCUUAUGCAACGAACUUUGCGGCCGCAAAUGGUUCAAAAGCUGGAGCGUCAAGAGAUAUCAUCGAGAAACUAAACGAAACCGGCAAGAACUGUGUGAUUUUCUUCGGCUCCCAGACCGGCACCGCAGAGGACUACGCCUCUCGGUUGGCCAAAGAGGGAUCCCAGCGAUUCGGCCUUAAGACAAUGGUUGCUGAUUUGGAAGAUUACGACUAUGAGAAUCUGGAUAAGUUCCCCGAAGACAAGGUCAUGUUUUUCGUUUUGGCCACCUACGGCGAAGGCGAGCCUACGGAUAACGCUGUGGAUUUCUACCAAUUCCUUACGGGCGAAGAUGUCGCAUUUGAGGGUGGCGGAGGACCAGAUGACAGUCCUCUUUCUUCCAUCAGAUAUGUCGCAUUUGGCUUAGGAAAUAAUACUUAUGAACACUUCAACUCGAUGGUAAGAAAUGUUGAUGCCACUAUGCGGAAACUUGGGGCCAAACGAAUCGGAGAAGCUGGCGAAGGCGAUGACGGUGCGGGCACGAUGGAAGAAGAUUAUCUGGCCUGGAAAGAACCAAUGUGGAAGGCUCUGUCAGAGGAAAUGAACUUGGAAGAACGAGAGGCCGUUUACGAACCAGUGUUUUCCGUUAUUGAAGAACCAGAAACGUCUCCCGAGGCCGACCAUGUCUACCUCGGAGAACCGAACCAGAACCACCUCGAAGGCCAGCAGAAAGGACCAUACCACGCACACAACCCGUUCAUUGCUCCCAUCGUCGAGUCUCGGGAGCUCUUUACCGUCAAGGACCGCAACUGCCUACAUAUGGAAAUUAAUAUUGAGGGAAGCAAACUGUCUUACCAAACCGGCGACCAUAUCGCCAUCUGGCCCACUAAUGCCGGAGCAGAGGUAGACCGGUUCGCAACCGUUUUUGGAAUUACAGAUAAGCGCAAUAUGGUUAUCAAGAUCAAGCCUCUAGACGUCACUGCUAAGGUUCCUUUCCCUACCCCAACAACGUAUGACGCCGUCAUGAGGUAUCAUAUGGAAAUCUGCGGUCCCGUAUCUCGUCAAUUCGUCGCUUCUCUCGCAGCCUUCGCGCCAGACGAAUCCUCGCGCAAUGAAUUGAAACGAUUAGGCAGCGACAAGGACUACUUCCAAGAGAAGAUUGCCAGCCAGUAUAUGAACAUUGCUCAAGCCCUGCAAAGCGUCACCUCGUUACCGUUCUCAGACGUCCCGUUCUCCCUGCUCAUCGAAGGUAUCCCUAAAAUCCAACCGCGAUACUACUCCAUCUCGUCUUCCUCCUUGUUACAAAAGAACAAGAUAAGCGUCACCGCCAUCGUGGAAUCACUCCGUGUCCCAGGCGCGACGCACAAUCUCAAAGGUGUCACGACAAACUAUCUCUUGGCCCUGAAGCAGAAGCAACAUGGUGACCCCAACCCGGACCCGCACGGCUUAACGUACGCCAUCAAUGGGCCCCGAAACAAAUAUGACGGCAUCCACGUCCCCGUCCAUGUGCGCCACUCCAACUUCAAGCUCCCGUCAGAUCCGGCCAAACCCGUCAUCAUGGUUGGGCCUGGUACCGGUGUCGCUCCAUUCCGCGGGUUUAUUCAGGAGCGUGCCGCACAGCUUGAGAGGGGGGAUACCGUCGGCCCAACUAUUCUAUUCUACGGCUGCAGAAAGCGCGAGGAGGAUUUCUUGUAUAAAGACGAGUGGGAGAAAUUAUCGUCAAAACUUGGCUCCUCCCUCCAAAUCAUCACCGCCUUCUCCCGUGAGACCUCCACAAAGGUCUACGUCCAACACAAGCUGCGCGAACAUGCCAAGCUUGUCAACGACCUCCUCCUCCAAAAGGCCAAUUUCUACGUCUGCGGUGAUGCGGCCAACAUGGCGCGCGAGGUAAAUGUGGUCCUUGGCCAGAUCAUUGCGGAGCAGCGCGGGCUGGCGCCGGAGAAGGGCGAGGAGCUUGUGAAGCAUAUGCGGAACAAUGGGUCAUAUCAGGAGGAUGUUUGGUCAUGA